AGACCAUCACCGCACGCAUUUAAGCAGACUAGUGCAAACAAACCGCAGUUGAUUCCGCAGCGAGUACGCGUGCUUCAAGACACUGCAGAGAAGGACAAGCAUGUCCGAUUCUCUGGAACCGCCGGCCAAAAGGGCCCGGUUGGAGGCGGACGCUCCCAUCCAUGGCGCAUCUGCGACUGCGCUGGACGCGCCAGGAUCGCCCGUCGAUGACAUGGACGACGAUUUCUACGAUACUACACCCGUCAAACCCGCAGCGCUUGCUGCUGUAGACGGCACGACUUCGUGGUUUGCUGCGGCUGCUACGGCACCAGCCAACUUUCACCUCCCUGGGCUCGGCUCUGUGAGCGAGACCCCGGCCACGCAGCCAACGUCACAGACUGGCACAAACACUCAUGAAGACGAGGCGCCCGAAGACGGCGAGCUCUCAGACGAAGAGGCUUUCUAUAAUGACGGGAGCGCAGUUGAACACCCUGUGGCCAAUCAGGAGCAGGCCCUGGGCGGGUCUCUACAGCACGGUAAGCUGUCGCGCCCGAAGCUGCAUGCCGUGUCCCUGACCUCUGUGAAAGAAGACGCUGCCGCUCUCGAGAACCCUGCACCCGCUUCCGACGACGGUGAGCUCGACGCGGCGCUCACUGCAGCCAUAGACCUCCAAAACAAUGCAGAAGAUGCUACUGAAGAUGCGUCGGUUGCUGCAGGCAGCGGUACCGCAGCGAUCAAUAGCAAGGCCGACUUCUUGCGCGCAGCAGAAGCGAACAAAGACAACAAGGACGCCGAGUGGCAGUUGGACUCGGACGCCUCAGACUCAGACGCCUCUUCAGACUCUUCUAGCUCCAAUGGCAGCUCCGACGAAGAGGGCUCGGAUGAGGGCGAGCUGCUGGAUCCCGAGGAGCAGGUUCGCCUACUCAUGGCCGAAGCGGCCGAUGAGCCAGGUGCCACCGGUAAAGCCAAGGUCAAGACGUUGAAUGAAGUCGAAGAGCAGUACGAGAAGCCUGACAUCACAGUGACCGAAGAGACCAAAAUUACGGAGCUCGGCAAGGUGGAGUCGGUAGUCGAGAACCUUCUCUUGAUCAAGGCCAAGGUAUCUGGAGACUACCAAGUGCUUGAAUCUGGGUCUGCGCUCUGCCUGCAGAACCGCACAAUCGUCGGCAAGGUUUCGGAGCAGAUUGGGCGCGUCGAAGAGCCUAGGUACGCUGUAGGCUUCAAUGACCCUUCUGAAAUAGAGACUCUAGGUAUCGCCAAAGACACGCUAAUCUACUACGUCGACGAGCAUUCGACCUUUGUUUUCACCGAGCCACUACGUGCGCAGAAGCACACCGACGCCUCGAACCUUCACGAUGAAGAGACCAACGACGUCGAGUUUUCGGAUGACGAAAAAGAGGCCGAGUUCAAGCGCGAACAGAAAGCCAAGAAGCGGGCGCGGACAGAAGGGAACGAUGAGCUACCAAGCGUUCCGAUACCGACAGGACCCCGAGGCCAUGUCGACGCACCAAUGGUUUACCAGUCCAGGGCGUAUCAAGGCGGCGGUCUCAAGUAUAGCGAUGACGAAGACGAGGAUCUUGGCAUGUACAAACCGCUCGCAAGACCAGACCACUUUGAACAGAUUGUAGGGCAGGGUGCUCCCAUCGAAGACCGCAGCCACGUACGAAGAGGCAUGAUGCGUGGGAGGGGUGCCUGGGGCGAUCGAGGCCGUGGCUUCCGCGGAAGAGGAGGCUUUGGGGGCCGUGGAGACUUUGGGGGCGGCCGUGGCGAUAGAGGAGGGUAUGGUGGCGGUCGAGGUGAUCGAGGUGGCUUUGCCCAGCGAGGCGACCGAGGCGGGUAUGGUAACAAUCGAGGCGACAGGGGAGGCGGCGAUAGGGGUGUGCGUGUGUUCAAGGGUCAGUCUGACCGUGGUGGAAGGCACCAGGACCAGUUUCAUGAUCGCCAGCAAGAUGUUCGCCCGAGGAACGGACCUCAUUACGACAGUCGAUCUGCCACGUCUGCAUCGCCUGCUCGACAACAGCAAGAGCGCGGCCACUCUCAGUCGCAUCAGUCUCAACAACCACAACAAUCACCGCCCAAGGCUGGGAAGAACAAGAAUCGAAAGCAGCGACAGCGAGAGAAGAGGGAGCGCGAGCGCGAGCAGCAGCAACAACAACAACAACAACAAACACAGGGGCAGAAGCAACAGCAUGCUUCCCCGACGCCUUCUGCGCCGUCUGCCAUGUCCAACGCCAGUGCUUAUGCGAACAAUAGCAGUGCCGGUUGGCCAGCGCCCUACUCGGCCCCAGCACAGCCAGCAGCUACUUAUACACAAGCUCCACCUCCGCCGCCACCUGCAGUGGCAGCUGCUUACGCAAAUCCGGCAGCUUAUGCACCACAACCCCCAGUACAAGGCCAGCAAAACCAGCAGGCAAAUUUGGCAGCAUGGGCGCAAUGGUUCCAAGUGGUGGGAGCGAUGAGCCAGCAGCAAACGCCGCAAGCACCUGUUCAAGCUCAAGCUCCAGCACCACCUCCCCCUCCGCCGCCGCAACUCCAAGCGCAAUAUGCGUAUCCGUAUCAGCAGUACCCACAAAACGCUGCACCACCACCAGCCCACCCACAUCAGCAGCAGCAACCCAAUACUCAAGCUGGAGCGCAGAGCCUCCAAGACAUCCUACGAGCCUUGGGAGGAGGUGGUUCGGGUUAGAGGGUGGAUCGACGGUCGCUGUAUGACCAUGUCAGGGACAAACGGGUUCGAUGAGACGUGGGGGGUUCAUUCUUAGGCGCAUCUUCUCGUUUCUAUUUUCCAAAUUUGUGGAAACAUGUCGGGGAGGCCGAGUCCCGAAGAUGAGGAUGUGUGUAGAGUCGAAAGCGGUCCAAUGUAUAAUUACUCUGUUGUUGUAGAGCAUGUUUGUGGUUGAGGUUCGUGAUUGGUAGUUUGGCAGCAUGUGCAAGCCUACCUAGGUACGAGGGGGUGAUGCGCUAGCCUAUAGCAGUAAUUGUACGCAGAGAUGGUCAAUAGUGUCAGAUGUGAAGUGCCCAUCUUUGGUCAUCAGAAACAGAAGAGAAACGGCAUGUCGCAAUUGGGCCUUCUCUCAGGGCGGGUCAAGCUGAAAGCGUGUUGAAUGAAAGGCGGGGUGGGGUGAAAGGACUGGAUUCUUCCUUAGCACCACAGACAGGACUAGCACUCUGAGACGAGACGACA